AUGUUUUAAGCCGCCAUUUUGAUUUUCUUCUAUCUUCAGUAUCCAUUUUCUAUUAAUAAUUAUCCUUCCGUUGUAUUUUAAGAAAAAAAGUAAUUUGUCAGGCUUAAAAUUUAAUUAACAUUUAUAAUAUUUAAUUUUCUCGUAUAUACUAUGGAUGAAAGUAGUGCGAAUUUAUCAACGGACCAUCAGCCAGAUCCGUUUACGAAUUUUUCCGAAUUUGAAAAGGCUUUUCGCGAACUGACAAGUGACCUGUUGAUGAAGAGGGAUGAAGUAACUAAACUCAAGUUCGAACUGGAACAAUCUCACCAUGAAAAUCAUAACUUACAACAAUCCAUUGACAAACUAAAACAGUCUUUAGAAGAGAACAAAAUCACCUCGGAAAUGUUUAUGAAAAAAAGCCAAGAGUUCGAGCCGAAAUAUUACGAAAAACGAGAUGCAUUUAGAAAGCUAGAGAUCCAAUAUAAAAUGGAACUAGCUAAAAACGAAUCGUUAAAGGAGAACUAUCAGAAAUUAAUUAUAGAGAGAUCUCAACUGAUUCGAAAAAUUGAUGUUCUUGAAGAAAAGCAAAAGAGGGAUUUGAUCUAUAGUAGUGACUUGCCCGAGAAAAUGGCACAUUUAAGAAAUUCUAUUACUAAUAUAAAGACGGAUAUGCAAAAUAUAAAAGGUGACCUGCAUCAUGUAACUGCUUUGUCAAAAAUGGACGAUAUGGCUCAAGAGAGCAUCCAGAAAAGUCAAGGGUUACGAAACCUUAUUGAAAACUUAAAGGAAGAAAAAUUAAAGCUUGAGGAAGAGUGUAUUAAAUCUAAAGCAAGAUGUGAUAAAAUCGAAUUGUACGUUUCAAAUAACAACCGUUUACUCCAAGAAGAAAACUUGGAGGCCAGAGUCUUACUGAAUCAGUGCAAGAAAAUGAAGACGUACUAUAAACAACAAAACGAAAUGAAAAACGAUUUAAUAACCAGUCUGUCCAACUCUCUGGAGGAAGAAAAAAAUACUAAUUUAAAACUAAUUCAGGAUAGCGAGAAACAAAGAAAUAUUAUAGAGAAUUUCGAGAGUAUUGUAAAAGAAUUAAAAACGAAAUUGCGAGCCUACGAACCAGAGGAUCGCGAAGACAUUUCUACAGUUGUAAGAACUAUUAAGAUUGAGAGUGAAGACGCAAUCGAAAUAAUUGUUGAUAGCCAAUAGUGUUAGUGAUAAGUUUAGUUCAGUUUUUAUAUUCCUUAAUAAAUUUAGUUUUGUUCAUUGGA